AAGUUUGAGCGACCGAGCCAAAGGGGGAAGCAAAAUGGCGGAACUCGAAGAUGUUACGCUAGAUGGGAAACCUCUUCAUUCGCUUCGUGUGGCGGAUUUAAAAGCUGCCUUGGAGCAACGAGGGCUGGCCAAAAGUGGGCAGAAGACUGCGCUCAUCAAGCGACUAAAAGGGGCACUCAUGUUGGAGAGCCUGCAGAGAACCUCCACCUCUCAUUCGGGCCUGCAGCCCAACUCACAGAUAGGGGAGGAGAUGAGCCAGAACAGUUUUAUUAAACAGUACUUGGCCAAACAGCAAGAGCUCCUGCGGCAGAGAAUGGAGCGAGAGGCACGCGAGGCAGCCGAGGCAGACGAUACAGACAGCCCUGCCGGGCCCGAGGAAGACGAUCACACAGCUGCCAAUGACAGCACCUCCUACCCGCCAGACAAGCAUCAUGUUGUAGCAUCUCAGCCCUCUGUGCCAGAGGAUGGAGGAGGUGACCAGUUGGGUCCACAGGAUCCGGUUGCUCUGGGAGGCCACAGGUUGGACGCAGGCACUGCUUCAGUAUCACAUGAUCCCCCUGAUGUCCCCACAGCCAAGAUCUGGCGCCCAUCAUUCUCUCAGGAGGAGGUCGCCACUCCCUCCCCUCCACGUGCAGUUGCCUCUCUUUCUGUGCGUGUGGUCGGCCAGCCAGAGCGACAGGGUGUACCCCUGAUUGUACCCCGGCCACAACAGAGAGAAGGAACUGCCCCCGUAGAAGCAGGCCCUGCUCAUCCGAUGCCACAUCUCAGCCAGUCUGCACGCACACAGGAGGACAGUGAUGAGGACGAUGAUGAUGACGACGAUGACAGCGAUGAGGACGAUGACUGGGGUCCUUCAUCUCGUGGGAGAAAGAACGUUCACACGCCUCCAGCACAGCGAUCGAGACGCAAGCUUCAGCCUCCUCAACACAUUCCACCCCAUCAUUCUCCAUUGCAGCUCCGACAGCCCACUCCUCCUCCCUCUCCGCCCCCAGAGCUUUCCUUCCCUCUGCCUGACACCCCCAAACAAAGCCCCCCAGAGCAGGAUGAACCUGAAGCCCCAGAAGGGGCCGCUGUGUCCUCUCCAGUUUCUUUGCAGAGGCAAGAAUCCAGCUCCAGCUCCAGAUCCAGCAGCCCUGAGCCCCCAUCCCUGCGCAGGCCUGGGCCACUCAGUCUGCUGGUUCGCAAGAUGGAGUCUGAGGGGGCUUUCGAUGGUGGGCAAAAGAAAGAUGAAGAAGAAGAAGGAGAUGCCACCGCAGCGACUGGAGAACAGGUUGAGCCCGGAUCUGGCGUGCUUGUGUUUUCCAAAGGAGGGAAUGAUGACGAUCACACCAGCUGUGAUCCUGAAAUGCUUCCUGAUCAUCAAGAUUCACUCCAAGAGCAGCUUCCUAAAGGGCCUGAGUCUCUACCCAUUAUGCCCUCUAUCACAGAAAGCAGCCCUCAGGAGUCAGUGGAGAUGAAAGAAGCCGAGGAUGAACAAGAAGAAAGUUCGCAGCCGGAUGAAGAAGAGGAACAAGAUGACCAGGAGGAAAGUAGUGAGGAGAAAGAGAAGGUGACUGAUGAGAAUUUUAAUGCCUCAUCAUGGCAACGUGAAAGAGAGACAUCGCCCUCUCAGGACUCCCAUGACUUCCAGCGUACCUCACAUCCACCUUCCCCACCUGCUCCUGCAAGACGAGCACGUGUUUUUUCUGAAGUUCCCCCACCUGAGUGCCUCAUUUCUCCUUCCAAACCAGAGCCAGUAUCAAUCCUUACGUCAGGACCAGAGCAUGCAGAUGUUGAAAUGGAGACUGAAGCUCCCACUUUACCUCCACAGUCCUCACCUGAAAAGGAGCAAGAAGAGACACUGGAGGCGGAAGCAGAGAAGAAGGAGCCUGCAGAGGCAGUUGAAGCAACAGAAGACUCUCCUUCAUCACUUCCUCCAUCUCCACCACCUGAAGAAGUAAAAGCAGAGAUAGAAACUGAGAAACCAAUGGAGAAAGAAAGCGAGGUGCCUGCAGAGGAAGAAAGCGAGGUGCCUGCAGAGGGAGAAAGCGAGGUGCCCGCAAAGGGAGAAAGCGAGGUGCCCGCGGAAAGAGAAAGCGAGGUGCCUGCAGAGGGAGAAAGCGAGGUGCCCGCAAAGGGAGAAAGCGAGGUGCCCGCGGAAAGAGAAAGCGAGGUGCCCGCAGCAGAGGAAAGCCAGGUGCCCGCAGCGGAGGAAAGCCAGGUGCCCGCAGCGGAGGAAAGCCAGGUGCCCAUGGAAAGAAAAAGCGAGGCAGAAAGAGAGAGCGAGGUGCCCGCAGUGGAGAAAAGUGAGGUGCCCGAGGUGGAGAAAGGCGAGGUGCCUGCAGUGGAGAAAGGCGAGGUGCCCGCAGUGGAGAAAAGCGAAGUGCCCGCAGCGGAGGAAAGCGAGGUGGUCGCAGAAAGAAAAAGCGAGGCUGAAAGAGAGAGCAGGGUGCCCACAGCGGAGGAAAGCGUGGUGCCCACAGCGCAAAGAGAAAGCGAGGCAGAAAAAGAAAGCGAGGUGCCGGCAGCGGAGGAAAGCAAGGUGCCUGCAGAUAGACAAAGAGAGAAAUCUACAGAUAGAGAAAGUGAGAUACCAUCAAAAAGAGUGAAGGAGAGAUCUGCGGAGAGAAAACGGGAGAGAUCUGCGGAGAGAAGACGGGAGAAAUCUGCGGAGCAGAGAAGGGAGAGAUCUACGGAGAGAAAAAGAAAGCGAUCUACGGAGAGGGGAAGGGAGAGAUCUUCGGAGAGAAAAAGGGAGAGAUCUUCGGAGAGAAAAAGGGAGAGAUCUUCGGAGAGAAAAAGGAGGAGAUCUGCGGAGAGAGUAAGGGAGAGAUCUGCAGAAAGGAAAAGGAAGAGAUCUCCAGAGAGGGGCGGGAGGGAGAGAUCUACAGAGAGGGGAAGAGAGAGAUCUGCAGAAAGAAAAAGGAAAAGAUCUGCAGAAAGGGUAAGGGAGCGAUCCGAAGAAAGAAGAAGGAAGAGAUCCAUGGAAAGAGAAAAGGAGAGAUCUGCAGAAAGAGAAAAGGAGCAGUCUGCCGAGAGAGGAAGAGGGAGAUCUGCAGAAAAAGAUAGACGCAGAUCCACAGAGAGGGAAAAAGAGACAUCCACAGCUGGAGAGAGAUCUACAGAGAGAGGAAGCGCAAAAUCAACAGAGAGGGAAAAAUCACCUGAACGGGCCUCCAGCCAGUCUUCAUCCUCCGACUCCGAUUCCGAAUCCUCUUCCUCCAGUUCCUCAGGCUCCUCCCCACAGCGCAAACCCAGCCCCCCCAGGCAGAAUCAGGAUGAGAAGAAAGCCAGCAGCCCAGAUGAUGCGUCAGAGGAGAAGGAAGAACAUUUGAGGGAUGUAAAGCAGGCCACGGUUGCUGAGCCCACAGGUCCUGUCUCCAUGGAGCUCCAGGAACAGCCCGAGUCGGAGAGCGCACUGGCUCAUCCUGCCUCACAGGAGGUGCCUGAGACCAGCGAGUCCCGUCCUGAUGAGAGCACCACUCCAAAAGCAUUUGCUGCUCGCAAGAUUUCACUCACCACUGCUAAACCAGAAGGAGCGGCAGUGGAGGCGGAGUCUGGAGGCGGUGCUGGUAGGAAGAGGAGGUGGGGCUCCAGUACAGCAGUCACUGCCAAAAAGCCAUCAAUCAGUAUCACCACUGAGUCACUGAAGUCUCUAAUCCCAGACCUUAAGCCACUGCAAGAGGCAGUGGUGGACCUGCACCCUGAUGAAGGCCGUUUCUCUGGGGACGAGGACUCGGCUCAGCAGCCUGAGCGUGAUGAAGACCAGGGGCUUCAAAUCAGACGUACUGUAACACAGGUGGUUCCAGCUGAAAGUCAAGAGAACGGACAGAAAGAAAAGGAAGAGGAUGAAGAUGAGGAAGAAGAGCAGGCAGAAGUAGAAAAGGAGAAACCCCCCAAGAAACAGAGAAGGGAGAGCUCCUCAGAGGUUGCCAUGGAAACACAGGAGUGUGACAAUAAGAAGGUGACCCUUAACGACUCGGUGGUGCGGCGUUCCAUCAGCCAGCAGAAAGUGGCCGUGUCCAUCACCAUCGACGACCCGGUGCGCACAGGCCGCCAGCUCUCUCCUCCUCGUGGCAAAGCGUCCAACAUUAUCCACGUCUGCAACCUGGUUCGUCCCUUUACUUUGGGCCAGUUAAAGGAGCUGUUGAAUCGGACCGGCGCGGUGGUGGAAGACGGCUUCUGGAUUGAUAAGAUCAAAUCCCACUGCUAUGUCACUUACUCCAGCACAGAGGAGGCUGUUGCAACACGUGAAGCCCUUCACGGUGUAAAAUGGCCCUCUAGCAACCCCAAAGUGCUCCGAGUGGACUUCUGUGAACAGAAAGAGUUGGACUUCCAUAAAGGGCUGCUGACUGAAGAUCCACGAGCCGCUGUUGCCCCAAACCGCCCUGCUGCACCUCCGCCACUCAUGCCCCCGGCACGGGAGAAGGAGCGAGAGAAGGAACGGGAGAAAGACGGAGCGGCACCAAACGUGAGGGACCAGUGGGCCGAAAGAGAGCGAGAGAUGGAGCGCAGAGAAAGGACGCGCUCGGAGAGGGAGUGGGACAGGGACAAAGUGCGAGACUUCCCCAGGGAUGAACGGGAAGCGGCCCGAAGAUCACGAUCGCGAGACCGGGACAGGAGACGCAAGGAGCGAGGAAAGAGCAAAGAGAGGAAGACAGAGAAAAAAGACAAACCAGAGGAGCCUCCUGCCAAACUUCUGGAUGAUCUUUUCCGCAAAACCAAAGCAGCUCCAUGUAUUUACUGGCUGCCACUCACUGAAGAACAGGCGACUCAGAAGAACCUGGAGCGGGCAGAGAGGAUGAAGGAGCGGGAGAAGAGGAGGAAGGAAAUGCAAGAGGAAGAGGACAAGAAGCGUGAGGAGGAGAGGAAGGAGAGAGCACGAGGCAGAGAGAGAGACGCAGGGAACACGGCAAGCGCUGGAGGAGGCUCGGGCCGCCCUGUUGAAGGAGAUAAGGACAAAGAGAGGGAAGAGAAGGGGAGAGAAAGAGAGCGGGAACGCGGUAGAGAAAAGGAGGGCGAGAAACGGAGAGAUAGCAACAGAGGCAGAGGCAGCGACUCCAAGCCAGCAGGGGGCAGCAGACGCUCACGAAGCCACAGCAACCCUUCCAGGGACAGACGGCGCUGAGUGUGUGCGUGCAUGUGUGUUUGGUUCAUGGAGGAAGAUGGAUCCCCUUUCUUGCCAACAGAGGCUCAAGUAUGAAGCGACAGUUCCAAACCUGAAAAAUCUUCAUUGUUUCAUCUGCACACACUGCGGUAGCGUCGCACACACUCGGUCUCGUCUGCUGUACAUCCUUCUGUCAGGACUUUUUUUUUUUAAUUAGUAGUAGUUCCAUUUUUGUGUUGAAUUUUUCUUUCGUUGUGAUUUUGCAAUCGAUCAUUGUUUCUCUGGUCUUAAACUGAUUUGUAUCAAAAGUUUGUGAAAAUUAAUUUCCUCAUUACUCAUUGUCACACGCGGACAUGGAUAGACCAGCAGCAUGAUUUAUUUUUAGUGCAUCAUUUUCUAAAUUCGCUUUUUUUUUUUUUAAGUCCUUGAUUGUUUUAUUUAUAAAUUCUAAUUCGAGUCAGAUCUGAUGGUCAUCUUGCCAAGUACUUCCUAAUUAAAUCUAAUUCUCUUUUA